GUCAAAACAAAAGUGGGAAAGAUGGCGACGCAGAGAGAGGAAGACGCGGCUGAAUAUCUAAAAAAACACAAUAUUAUCGAGCUGUUGGACAACCUGAGCUGCAUGCUCUUCUUCCACAGACCCGACAAGCCCAGAGAGUUUCUGAUCGAGCAGCUGGAGCAGCUGAAGAUUUCUCAGCAGACCGGAAUGAAAGGACCAAAUCUGUUCAACAACGCCAACCUGGACGCAGUGUUUGGCAUCCUGGACCCCACGAAUCAGAAACACAUUACUUUUGCCCAAUACAAACAGGCUCUGAUGACACUGGGCAUUAAAGACAUUAAUGAAUGUCCUGACGGGGCAAAUGAAGACAGGAUAUCCCAUGAAACCUUCAGAACCGAAGCGAUGCAAGGCCUACUGAGAUGCUCAGCAACAUAUGAACAACUGUGAACAUUUUUGUGAUUUUCCACUCAACGGAUGUGUUGUUUAUUCCACAAUAUACUGCUGAUGGAUUUUGGAUGUUUUCAUUAACACUUGGCCUUAUGUAAUGUGGAUCUGUGUUUUGAACAUUUAGCAUAUUUUGUAUUAUAUUUGUUAUUAAACUGCUAAUAUACUGAUUUGGGUUGUAUUUGUUCAAGUAUUCAUCAGCUUUUUAACACUAAAGUCAAAAGUUAUAUAUUCUUGUGGAGUUUCUCCUAUAAAUGGUUGGUUUUACUCUGAUAUUGCAAUAAUAAAAUACAUCUUUCCUAGUGUUUUGAAAUCAAACCACUGAUCAGAUUAC